AUGGAGAUGGUGGCGACGCGCGAGACGAAGGCGCGGGAUGAGCGGGGAGAUGGGUCGAGGGAGGCGCGAGCGCCGACGGACGAACGGGAGACGCAACUGUUGGAAAGUCUUCAAGAGCGACUGCGUAAGGCGAACGACGAGCGGGAUUCCAUCAUUUAUCUCGUGCGUAAGAUACAAGGGAAAUCGCCGGACGGCGAUCAGGUGAAGACGGAGCUCACGGAGGAGGAGAUUGACGAGCUCACGGAGAGGUUGGCGCUCGCGAGCGAAUCAAAAUCGCUGUUGAAAAAGAUUGGGUUAGGGCGUUGA